AUGUCGAUUUUCCGUUUAUUUUCCAAUACUAAUAAAGAAAAAACUCGUGAGCGCAGUCGAAGUCGCAACCGAGCAGAAAAUCUCUCCGGUGUUCAACAAUGGCCCUACUAUCGUGAUUUAGCAAUACAAUCAGGCCAUUUUACCAUUCCAUCUGAACUUGCUUCACUACGACACUCCCGUCUAAAUCGUUCACUUUAUAAUCUUGUUUAUACACCAAAUGAUGAAUUGAACUAUUUCAUUCUCUUUAUGGAGUCAUGCUCUUUAUCGGCUUAUUUGAAAUUCAUUCUUGACGUUCAUGCAUUUGAAAAACUAAGCCGACAACAUUCCGCGAAAAAUUCCGACCAACAAACAGCGGCACUGACUCUGUUUCAUCGAUACUUUGCAAUCGAUGCCAAAUAUCCCAUUCCAAUUGACGAUGAUAUGCGUCAAACGACAUUUUCUUUGAUUUGUCCAUCAAGUGAUAUUACUGAAACAGAUUCGGAUUGUUUUCGAAUGGGAAGGGAAUAUGUUUGGAAUUUAAUCGAACAGAAUGCUUAUCCGUCGUAUUUGACGAGUGCAUAUCAUAUAAACUAUCAACUUAAAAUGUUAACAUGUAAUGAACUUCAAUUACAUGAUAUUCUUUACAAUAACUCAUCGUUAUCUUAUUUCAUGGAGUUUUCGGAACAAGAGAAAGUUAUUGAUUUAGUUCGUUUUUGGCUCGCAAUUGAACAUUUCUAUCAGAGUACUAUCAAUCGAAUGAUUGACAAUCAAACAUUAACAGAAAAUGCUUUGAAUAUAUAUGAUAAAUACAUAUCAUUACAAGCAUCAUCACGAUUAGGAUUUGAUGAUGCUAUUCGUGCACGUAUUGAAUGUAGUAUAUGUCAACCAGACAUGGAUGCUGGUCCAUCAAGUGAUACAUUUGACCAAACAGCUUGGAUUAUCUAUGCCAUUCUUCAACGUGAAUAUUUUCCUCGAUUUUUACAAAGUGUGAUCUUCUGUAGACAUAUCAGUGAUCUAAUGUUAAAAAUACGAAAUGAAGAAACAGCAUUAACAUCUCGACCUGUGAAAACGGUUGAAUCGGAUGCGGCGUCGAUUAAUUCGGAUAAUAUGGUGCCAUCUUCGGCAGUUCCAACUGCAGCGUCUGCAACAACGCAAUCAAAUCGGCAAAGGAAUCCGAGUGUUUCGUCAUCGUGUCCUAGUUUAAAUCAAGAGUUAGCGAUCAAGUCUAUGGGAAAGUAUUCCAUGGGUUAUAUCGAUCCACUGGGUCGUUUUAUUCGUGAUCCUGAUGUUGAUUCUCUGGAUAGUGCAUCCUCUUCUCAACGCAAAACAUCUUCGAAUCCAAUUCAAUUUCUGACGAAUUUAGUUCGUAAUGAACAAGAUGAAGUCGCAAUGGAUGAAGCAGCUGCUCGAUUCGCUGAAACGUUUAUCAAUGAAAUCACUACAAUGACAGCAAAUCUUGAUAAUCAAUAA